GCCGCCGCCGCCGCCAGCCGCCAACCGCCGCGCCCGGGGAGGAGCCGCGGCCCCCGGGGCCGGAGCCAGGCCUGCGUCCGGACAUCAAGCCGGAGCCGGAGCGAGAGCCGGGGCCUCGGCGUCCCCGCCCUCUCCCCGCCUCGGCCAGCGUCCGCCGAGCCCCCGCGUGUCGCGCCAUGGACUCGGACGAGGGCUACAACUACGAGUUCGACGAGGACGAGGAGUGCAGCGAGGAGGACAGCGGCGCCGAGGAGGAGGAGGACGAGGACGAAGACGAGCCGGACGAUGAUAACCUGGAUCUGGGCGAGGUGGAGCUGGUGGAGCCGGGGCUGGGCGUCGGCGGGGAGCGGGACGGACUGCUGUGCGGGGAGACGGGCGGUGGCGGCGGCAGCGCUCUGGGGCCCGGCGGCGGCGGCGGCGGCGGCGGCGGCGGCGGCGCGGGGCACGAGCAGGAGGAGGAUUACCGCUACGAGGUGCUCACGGCCGAGCAGAUUCUGCAGCACAUGGUGGAAUGUAUCCGGGAGGUCAACGAGGUCAUCCAGAAUCCAGCAACUAUCACAAGAAUACUCCUUAGCCACUUCAAUUGGGAUAAAGAGAAGCUAAUGGAAAGGUACUUUGAUGGAAACCUGGAGAAGCUCUUUGCUGAGUGUCAUGUAAUUAAUCCAAGUAAAAAGUCUCGAACACGCCAGAUGAAUACAAGGUCAUCAGCACAGGAUAUGCCUUGUCAGAUCUGCUACUUGAACUACCCUAACUCGUACUUCACUGGCCUUGAGUGUGGACAUAAGUUUUGUAUGCAGUGCUGGAGUGAAUAUUUAACCACCAAGAUAAUGGAGGAAGGCAUGGGACAGACUAUUUCGUGUCCUGCUCAUGGUUGUGAUAUCUUAGUGGAUGACAACACAGUUAUGCGCCUGAUCACAGAUUCUAAAGUUAAAUUAAAGUAUCAGCAUUUAAUAACAAAUAGCUUUGUAGAGUGCAAUCGACUGUUAAAGUGGUGUCCAGCCCCGGACUGCCACCAUGUUGUUAAAGUCCAGUAUCCUGAUGCUAAACCUGUCCGCUGCAAGUGUGGGCGCCAGUUUUGGUAAGCAAGUGACUUCCUGAAUGGUGUAGCGCAUUGUAGCUUUUCUGUUUUUUUCUUUUUAAUAUAGGAAAAAAAUACUUGGGCUGGGGGAUGAGUGGUUUUGGUUUAAAAUAAUGUGUAUUUCAAGUAAGAAUUGUAUGAAAAAGUCACAUCUUAAGUAAUUUUUCCUCUUUCCUCUAACAUUUUUUGGGGAAGAAUGCAUCUAUAAUCACUUUUUCCUUUGUGCCCCUCUGUAACUUUUAUGGGGCAAGCUUAGAGCUCUGAGACAUAUUUUCUUUUUGCAUAAUAAUAGACACUCCAGAGAUUCCAUGCUGCAUCUUCAAAAACUUCCUUAGAAAUUUCUUCAGCCAAAUACCAGUUUCAUUAUUCAUACAUUCUGUCUUGCAUAAAACAGCAUGUACCAAGCUGGGUGCUGGUGGUUUCCCCUGUAAUCCUAGCUACUUCAUAA